AUGCACCGUCUAAUCCUCGACCACAUUGCCCUCCAGUUAUCUGAACCCCCCAGUGAAAAUACAGCACUUUUUUACGAAGUCCUCUUAAAAAUAAUCGGUGGAAUGGGUUGCAAAUUAAGCACUGGUGUUAAGAAUUAUGAUCCCCUUGCCAAAAAGCUUCCAAAUACUAGCGAACUGGAUGACUCUUUGGGCCGGCGAACCAAAAGACCUCGUAAAAGUGGAGUUCCAAAUACAGAUACUUCAAUCCUAGCAAUGCCUUACGCCAUUGAGGAAUAUAGUCUUGAGUAUAUCUAUAGGGAUCUUUUGAAGGAGACAUUGGUGUCGCUCUGCCGUAUUGGUAUUCCAAAUCGAAAUUUGCAGAGUAUUAUUGGAGAAUCAGCAAUUCAGGUUGAAGAUCUCUCCAAUGAAUUUGGAUUAAAAACGGUUGCACUUCUGAGAGAAGCAAGAUAUCAAAUCUCCCAGGUGCCGGUUGUUCUCGAGCAUUCUGCGCCGUGUAUUGUCAAAACACUCGAUGCUGUUAGCAGAAUCUUUCAGGUGGAGAAGGCUACUGUUCUGAAGGCAGGUUUUAUACUUUGUAGUCUUCUCCUCUUCCCUUUCUGA